AUGCCAGUCUUCAUCAACCAAGAUAUUACUCUGAUGAAGAUCAGUCAAGUGAAAAACAAAAGGGCCGCGGCGGAGAUCUCGCCGAAGAAACAGUGGAAAGACGGUUCGCAUGGCUGUCAGGGCGGCCAUUUGAGAAAUAGUAUCGCUAAGACUCUUUACUGCAUUUGGCUGGUUCUGCAGGCGGCUGUCAUGAAAAGCAAGUGUGUCCACCACAUAAGAGUCAGUCGUGGAGUAAGUAUAAUCGCGAGCAUCAUCAAUAAUAAAGGAGCCGAUCUGCGGUAA